AUGCUGCGGCUCCUUCAAUCAACACCCAGAACACCCAGUACAUUUCUCAAACCUCCGGGAGGAGCCUGUUUUCAACCUGGAUACUCUAUUUGCCGUUUGUAUGCAACUGGAGACCACAAGAAACCAAAAAAGCGUACAAAGACCAUCAAAUCAGAAACUAAGGGAAAGAAGAAAGCGAAGACCGUCAAAGGGGAAAAGGGGAUGACCGAAAUGGCUAAGGAUUUAUCCCUCGAGCCGGUCGACGUCGAAAUGCCGCCAAAGAGCACAGUAUCUGUCGGUACACAAUUUGAGCUGCGUGCUCAGAGUCUUCUGAGAGAGCGGUUCUCAAUGAGUUUGGAGAGAACUGCCGGACCUGGUGACGGUGGUUUGGAUCUGGUUGGGUGGUGGUGGCUUCCUUGCGACACAGCACCAAGCAGUACAGGAAAUCCAGAGACUUUUGAUGAGGACGGUACUGCAAACCGAUGGAGGAUACGUGUUUUGGCGCAGUGCAAGGCCGAGAAAAAGCCCUUUGGUCCAAGCUACGUGCGCGAGAUGGAAGGAGUCCUUCAUCGACAUUUCUUUCCUCGCGCUGUCAUGUCACCAUUGGCUCCAUCCGAGGAGCAAGUGGCGCAGACGUAUCAUCCGAAGUCACUCCCAAUAUUGGCAAUGCUCGUUUCGCUUUCACCAUUCACCAGUAAAGCAAUAUCUCGAGCAAUGUCGUCACCAAUACCAUUUCUUCUGCUGCAUCUACCCAAGGAGCCUGAUCCAUCAGCCGAACAAGCCGCAGAAGGCGAGCGAGCACCUUCGCUGCUGUGGAACUCUGCAUUAGGGUCAGAGAACGGUCUACUGCGUGGUAGACUUGAAGUGAGAUGGGAAGUGACAGAUGCCGGGGCCCAACCUGUCCUUUGGUGGGAUGGGAGGCCGCUUCCUCCCAUGGUGCCCGUUCCCUGA